AUGGGGGGUGAGUCUCUUGUUUAUAGGGUACUUAAAGCUAAAUGUCUUCCAACAACUGAUUUUGUUCAUGCUUUGAUUGGACACAACCCUUCUUAUACAUGGAGGAGUUUAAUUUCUGCCCAAAGCUUAGUCAUUGAAGGCAUGCAAUGGAGAGUUGGUAAUGGAGAAAAUAUCAAGAUUUGGCAAGAUAAAUGGUUGCCAGGGGUAUCAUCUCAUAAAAUACUUUCUCCAAGGAUGUUUUUGAGUGUUGAUAUGAAUGUUGCUGAUUUGAUUGACUCAGAAACAGCAAGGUGGAAAACUGAAGUGCUUGACAACCUCUUUAUUCCUCAUGAAGCCGACCUGACUAAGAGUAUUCCUUUGAGUGUUAUUCUACCAACAGAUAAACUGGUUUGGGCUGAAACUUCUACUAGAAAUUUCACUAUUAGGAGUGCUUAUAAAUUAGUGGUUAAUUUGUUUACACCUGCGACCUAUGGAACUACUUCUGAUGGUAGUUUAUUGAGGAAGUUUUGGGAGAAAAUUUGGUCUUUGCCCAUUCCCCAUAAGGUGCGACACUUUUGUUGGCGUGCUUGUCGUGACACUUUACCGACCAAAGUCAAGUUAAGGAGGCGUAAUGUGAUUGCAGAAGAUAUGUGUGUUUGCUGUCAUAAAGAAGCUAGGACGAAUGGACACAUUUUUUGGGGUUGUCCGAAAGCACAAGAAACUUGGGCUGCUUCAAAAUUACAACUAUUGCAUUUGGAUGUUCAUCUUGGCUCUUUCAUGGAUCUGUUCUGGCUUGUUAUGAUGACUAAUGAGUCAGCUACAUCAGAUCCGGUUCAGCACAUACCUGAUGCACAACAACAGCCUCUACUCUCGGCCUGGCUUCCUCCUUCAGCGGGUUUAUUUAAAAUCAAUGUAGAUGGGGCUCUUUUUUCAUCAAAGAAGCAAGUUGGGAUUGGUGUUGUGAUAAGAGAUGUUGAAGGCAGAUUGAAGGCAGCUUUAUGCAGAAAAAUUAAAGCUCCGUUGGGGUCACUCGAAGUUGAAGCUAAGGCCUAUAAGGCUGGUCUGUUGCUGGCAAGGCAUUUGGGGCUGCGAGAUGUUGUGUUGGAAGGUGAUUCCUUGAUAAUCUCCAAUGCUCUCAAGCGACUUACACUAUCACCCUCUUCUGUUGAUGCUAUUAUGAAAGGCAUUCAUGAGUUAGGUGCUGAAAUUGGUGUUGUUCAUUUCUCUCAUGUACGCAACAUUGACAAUAAGCCAGCCCAUAUUCUAGCAAGACAAGCUCAAAACCUUGUUAAUGAUGUAAUUUGGAUUGAAGAGAUUCCUUGCUAUAUUCAGCAAGCUCUUAUCCAAGAUGUAUCUGUACUGUGA